GUUAGACACAAAUAUGUCACGCAAUUCACGGAUGGGAAACGUUACAGACUCAUAAUUGUCUUCCUAGGAAUGAUACUAGAGAAUGGAUGAUCCACGACACGAUGAUAUGGUAUUGACAUCAUCCACAAACAAUAAAGACUUUGGAGCUCUUGUUUCUAUCAAUGGUACAGUAGAGAAAACACAGUCAGAUUAUUGUAAUGAAGUAAACGAUAAACUUCGUUUAGCUGAAGAUGUAAUAAAAUGUCUAUCUGAAAGAUGCGAAGAACUGGAAAGUCUAAGCGAAUAUCUUCCGUGUGUUAGGAAAGAAAUUCGUGGCCAAAUCGAUCAAAGCAUGCAAAUGAUACAAAGAUCUGUAAGUGAAAGACACGACUAUCUUUUAAAUGAACUUGAUACUUGUUUGAGCGUGAGAAAUGAAGCUAUAAAUAAGUUACAUACAGAAUUCGAAACUCGACUUCAAAGACUAUCUUCACACGUUGAUCUUUUGAAAAGACUUUUACAAGCACAACCCACUAAUGAAAUCUCUUAUCAAACUCAAAAGGUUAUUCAGAACACAGUUUCAAGAGAUCUUGCUACUCAAAAACACAAAGCUGAAAUCGAAAAGCUUAUUUCUGCCCCAGUACCUUUGCACCCAUCUGAAACUGAUACUAUGUCAUUCUUUCCCACUGAUUUAGAUCAGGUUUUGGGUAUGGUGAAGUGUGUUGGCUCUCUCGGCUUAACUGCAGUUGAUGCUCAAAAUACGAGCUUAUCUGAUAACUACUUGGAUCAUUUUGUCACAGUCAGACGUUGUCAAGCAAAUGAAGAAGUCAAGGUUGAUAUUAUCACUAAUGACAGGUUGGGCCGUGCAGUAGCAAAUGCAUCCAGUAAGGAAUUUUCAGUCCUCUUAACUCAGAAAAGCAUUAGUGAAAUGGAGGUUGGAAUUCAAGAGAAACAAAUAUCGGACAGCGGUUCUAGUCUUUCACUUUAUAGCAAUCACAAUGGAAAUAACAUUCAAGGAAAUAAUUUACAAGUUGUUUAUAAAAUUUCUCAUCCUGGUUUGUACGAUCUAAGAAUUAAAUUAUUUGGUGAACACAUAAAGGGAUCUCCUUACUGUAUAAGUGUUGAUAGUCCUCCUAAAGCAAGUCUACAAGCAAUAUCUGAUACGAUGAGAGAAAUUAGUGAAUUACCACGUCGUACACAACACAGAAUUCAGUCAAGAAGACGUUGUCAGUCUGUACCUGUUUAUUCAAAUCUAUCUGAUCAGCCAACAGCACUAGCUGAUCUAUAUAAAAUGGAAAGAGGUGACUUUUUAUAUUCCGUUGGUACAAAAGGAAGAGGUAAUGGUGAGUUUGCAAAUCCAUCUGGAAUAUGUAUUACAAGAGAAAAUAAAAUACUUGUCGCUGAUAGUAACAAUGCAUUUAUUCAAGUAUUUACACUUCAAGGUCAAUUUAUCUUUCGUUUUGGAGAGUAUGGAUAUCACCCUGGUCAGUUAAUGCGACCAGUCGAUGUAGCAGAAACAAUCAAUGGAAAUUAUCUAGUUUCAGAUUAUGAUUUGCAUUGUGUGACAGUAUACAAUACAAGUGGACACUAUAUGUCUAGGUUUGGCCAACGUUACCUCUCUGGUCCUAAGGGUAUGGUUGUAGACAGUCGUGGACGUAUUCUGGUAGUCGAUCAAAAAUCUUGUAUGAUUUGUAUUUUUAAGCCAACUGGAAAGUUUAUCAAUCGCUUCGGUGCACGUGGUCUAGCUGAUAAUCAUUUUGGCAAUCCAAUAUUUAUAGCUGUCAAUUCACGAGAUGAAAUAUUUGUCUCAGAUCAUGUACAUCAUUCUAUUAAAGUAUUUGAUGUAAAUGGAUUAUUUUUAUAUAAAUUUGGAGUGAACGGAAUUGAUCCGGGCAUGUUACAUGCUCCAACAGGUAUUGGAUUUGAUCGAUUUGACCGUAUUUUUAUCAGUGACUGGGGGAACAAUCGAGUACAGGUAUUUGAUCAAACUGGAAACUAUUUGCGUAUGAUUGACAGCAAACUGGAGACAUUAAGUGGUCCUCAAGGUUUGGCGCUGCAUCAAGUAUCCAAUAAACUUCUUGUUGUAGAUCCAGGCAAUUAUUGUUUCAAGGUAUUCAAUGCCAAUUCAACAAAAGAACAAGGCCGAUUAUCAUCAUAUUAGUCAAUCGGAAUUAAUGGUUUGAUGGUCAGAAAUUUUUUAAGAAACCAUUGAGAAUUCAAUAAUGCCUUUCUUAUGACUACAAAACUAAGCUUCCUUAAUUCUACCUUUCUCUCUUAUGUACAAAAGAUGACCUAAUGGAGCAAGUUUUCUUUGUAUAGGAUACUUUUUAUGGAUUUCCCCUUGGAGAUUACAAGAUUUUCAACAUAAUAUUCUCUAUCACAUAAUUUAAUGAAGUUUACUUCAAUAUUUGUGUAUGCAUUUAUAUUUCUAACAUGAUGACAUAUACCUCACAUUUUUUCAGAUAUAUGGAUACAUUGAUUAAGAAAUCGUUCAGCAUAAUUACUAAUCAGCUCAACAGCUUUUUAAUAGUUACCUGGAUUUACUAAAUUUUCAAUAUUAUUCAAAAUUACUUGAUAUACCGUAAAAUUUACUCUUAAAUAUUAAUUUGAAAUAUGUAGAGUAAUAUAUAUGAUUGGUAGGUCGAACUGUUUCUAGCUUCAUUUAACUUUUCCUAAAGAUGAUUUAAAGCAUAAACUUCUAGUCAUAUGUUAUUAUGUAAAUAAAAUCACAAGUGAUUUACAUAUAUCAAAUUCAGUUAUUGGGAACUAACUGCAGUAUUCUGUUAUAAUGUGCAAAAUAUUAUUUGAUAAUCUUGAAUUCAUUUGAUUUUCAUUAAUCUUCAGAUAUUUCAUCGCAUGUCAACCGGCUAUAAUGUAUUUAAUUUUCAGGCAUGUUCAUUCUGUCUUAUACUUUUGUACAUAUGAUAAGAGAAGAACAAAAUUAUGAUAACGUAGUCAGUUGUUUGGUUUUCUUAUUUGUUAUUUAACUGGGGAUACUUAAUAAAUUUACUGUACUAGCCGAUCCAGUCUUGUAAGCCGUUAUCACUCACUUAUCAUCAAUGUAGAGCCUAAAACUAAUUUGGGUUGGCCCAAGUUGUCAUACCGUGUUAGCACGACGUGAUGAAAUUAACAAGUUGGAUUGCAAAAGAGUUCUAUACAAUGUAGUAGAAAUGACAAUAAGAAAGAUUGAACAUUGAGAAUAUAUUUCAGAAGGACGAUGGAUAAGUAUAUAUGAAAGUAUAUUGGAAUCGAAGGUUGAAAGGAAGAUGAAGGGGAAAUGAACCUGAUUCAUUGUAAAUGAUUCUGAGCCAUAUCUCCUAACAUCUUCAGCCACUGAUCGGGGUUAUCGCGCUUGUCUUAAUGAGGUGAUCCACACAUACCAACAUGGCCAGACCAACGGUGAGUGACUUUAUGGUCUGAUGCCAAGUAUUUAUUUAGCUGCCACUAGCUUCCUUCCAAAUUAAUUCUGAGCCAACUUGGAUAGGCAGCGGUUGAGCAUAUAUAGUACUUAUUCCAACCACUUAAAUUAGUGAGGAUUCACAGUCUCAUCAACCAAUACGACAUCUUUCCUUAGUACCCUAUGUCUAACCUCAACAGUGCUUACUUGACAGUUUCACGAUACUCCAGAAAUAAUUUGGCGAUACUUAUGAAUAAAAACUAGUAGCCCACAUUUAUUUACUAUGAACAGGGGACCUCCAUGAUUUGUAGCAAGCGAAUAAUAAGAUGAAACUGGUUCAGAUGAAUAUUUUUAUUGGCUAAAAUAAUUUCAUAUAACUGAUGCUACUGGAAAUCGUGAAUCACACAGCACAAGUAAUAACCUAAAGACUGUAGAUGAAGAUUUGUUUUACACCCAAAUUUGAUCAAAAUCAUCUCGAAAAUACACUUAUUUUUAGUACGUUUUGUUUGCACUAGUAGACAGGCAAACGUACAUAAAUUAAACUGAGUAAUAAUUGACAUAAAUUAAUCAAUAAUUUACUGGAAUAAUAUAGAUUUACAAUGUCAUAAAACUAAUCCUUUCUAAUCAAAGGAUACAAUUAAUCUAAUUACCCCUAAAAUUCUGACUAAAUGUCAUAGACAACUGGAAAAAGAAUUAUUUUCGUAAACCACUGACAAAUACUCUAACAAUUAAAAAUUCUCGCUCACCAUAUCAACAUGCUUACAGUCUCCAUCCAUAUAUUUAUCAUAAAGUGGUAUACUGUCAAACUCUUUUACUGAUCAUUUUGUCAAUGUAUGGAGCCGUUUAGAGAGGGACAAUUAGGCGAACAAUAGGAGGAUUACUUUACCGUCACGGUUACUUUCUGACAAUACAAAGGUCUCCAUUGUUUUAUCAACUGAGAUGUUGUAAUAUAUCAGUGACAAACCAGAAAUAGGCAUGCAACUGAAGAUCUUACAACGUAAAGUAAAUCCAUGGAAGUAUGUUUAUCCUACAUUCAUAG